AUGCUUUUAGCUCCGUGCAGCUCCUUGGGAGGCAGAGAAGGACCGGAAUCUCGGAUGUUGGUCAUGGAGUGCCCACCAGGGAGAUCGCUGAUCGCAGCAUUUUUCCGUGUCAACAGAGUGGAAAUUUCCGUGCAUUUGGAGAAUUUGGCGUACUGCGUUACCGAUUUGAACCGGUUCUUGGGUCAAGGACGCCCUACCAUGACAACAUCACGCCAAAUCUUUGCUCAGGUCCUGCUGGCCCUAGAGUAUCAACACGAUGAGUCAGCAGCUGAGACAGGGCUGAACGUCGUGUUUCUCGACAUGAAGCGAGGGAACAUCGUGCUGGAUGCUCAAAUGAAUGCCAAGUUGAUUAACUUUGGCCUGGCGAAGGCCGGCUUUGUCAGCAGCAAGAUGGAGGAUGGAGAUGGCCCAGAAAACCAUCUUUCUGGUUCUCUCCUCAGCUCCUUUUUGUCGCUGUUGGCUUUGCUGUUGUCGAACCCCGUGGUGACUUUGGAGCAUCAUGAUGCUUUGCUCUGUUGGCUUCAUGGCUCCGGAGGCUUUCCGGGCAAUUGCUUGACAGAUGCGCUGAUUGAGGAACAAGCCUUCAGGCAGGAGUUUGAAGAAGCAGUACGUGCAGAGAUCAAACACGAAUGCGAUGGGGUGACGUUGCACUUGAAAAAACGUAUGGAUCAACUGGAGCUGAAAUUGCGCGAACACCUGGAUGAUUCGCUGCAGUCCAUCGAAUCCAGGGUCUCGCAAGACUUUCAGGACCUCUGGCAAUGGACCAGCGACGAGUGCCGUCAGUCCAACGAACGCCUGAAGGACUUGGAACAAAGGGUGAUUUGCUCCAGUGCCACAGCGCGCGAGGCCUCGGUGAGUAGCAUCAAGGAGUGCUUGGAGCAAAAUGCCAAGCUCUCUGCGCGCAUCGACGAUCUCUGUGAUGCUUUGGUCAAGGAGGUCCGAUGGAUCCAGGGAAGUGGUUGA